CGACCCCACCACCAGCACUACUUCUGAGGCCUGGCUGCUGAAAUAAGGCGAGCGAACUGGCAGCGCUCGAAUAACUGGGCCUAACCGGCCACCCGGAAGAGUAACCUGGCUCGGGAGGGCCCUGGAGACGCGCCUGGGUUCGGGGUCGGGCGCGAAUGUGGCUCGCGUUCUAGGCCUCACCGAGUGAGAAGGUUGGAAAGAGGCUGUUUUAGCAAGUGUCACGCCAUGCUUUUGCCAAGUUUCCAAUUAAAGACUGACAUUCCUGCGUGAACAUUUCCCUGUUAAAAUGUCCUUGCCUCUUACAGAGGAGCAGAGAAAAAAAAUUGAAGAGAAUCGGCAAAAGGCUCUGGCCCGUAGAGCUGAGAAAUUAUUAGCAGAACAGCAUCAGAACACAGUCUCGGGCUCCUCCUCCAUUGCUGCCAAACCUUCCCAGUCCAAGCAGGGCCCUUCCAGACACCUCCACCAGGAUCCUUCUACGUCAGGGAGCCAUGGUGUCUUUUUGAAGCAACAGAAUCCCGGGAGUUCAUCUGAUGGUGACCAGAGACCUCAAAAUUCCCACAGUUUUCAACUCAGCACCUCAGAGCAGGCAAAGGGGACAUGGCAGAGGCAAGAAGAGAUGCCUGCAUCCUGCCCAAGCCACCGCCCACCAAAUCAAGUGACUCUCGCUGGGAUCUCCCCUCCCUUGGCAAACAGUCCUCCAGAGGUCUCCAGCGAACAGUUCUGGGUUCAUGGGUUAGAGCAAGGUCAGAUUCAGGCUUCACACAAGACCAAAUCGGCACCCUUUGUUAACACAACUCACGAGCCUUUGGCCAGAGCAAAGAAUUUCCAGGAGACAGCAGCUGCUUCCUCUGGACAGGAUCCCAGGGAUCCUGAGUUAGAGGCCAGGAUGGCAAGACCUUCCACCUCUGGGCAGAACGUUUCAGGGAGUGUGAUGCCCAGGGCAGAAGAAAGACUACAACAGAAAUCAGGGACCCCACUCCACAAAGCAGCAGGCUCCCAGCAGGGAACAUGCAUAAAAAUCGGUGAUCGUUUCCAGGUGAAGAUUGGGUACAACGAGGAGCUCAUUGCAGUGUUUAAGAGUCUGCCCAGCAGACGCUACGAUCCUGCCACCAAGACGUGGAACUUCAGCAUGACCGACUACGGUGCCCUCAUGAAAGCAGCCCAGCACCUCCAGGCUGUCACUCUGCAGCCUUUGGAAGGGGCCGAGGGCCACAUGGAGUCGCCCUCCACCAGCAGCAGCAGCAUUGCAGCCCAGACCUGCCUUCCUGUAGCUCCCUCCCUUGCCUUUGUCAAAGGGCAGUGCAUACUCAUCUCCCGGGCCCGCUUUGAGGCAGACAUCAGCUAUUCAGAAGACCUGAUUGUGCUGUUUAAACAGAUGGAUUCCAGAAAAUACGAUGUCAAGACCAGGAAGUGGAACUUUCUUCUGGAAGAGUACAGUAAACUAAUGGAAAGGGUACGCUGCCUUCCACAAGUUCAGCUGGAUCCUCUGCCCAAGACUCUCACCCUGGCUUUCGCUGCUCAGCUCCAGAAGACGUCUCUGUGUCCCGUGGCAGACAUCCCUGAGGCAGACCUGUCCAGAGUGGAUUCCAAGCUCGUGUCUAGCCUGCUGCCCUUUCAGAGAGUUGGAGUCAAUUUUGCCAUAGCGAAAAGAGGCCGCCUGCUGCUUGCUGAUGACAUGGGCCUGGGGAAGACCAUCCAAGCCAUCUGCAUAGCCGCCUAUUACCGGAAGGAGUGGCCGCUCCUGGUGGUGGUACCGUCAUCUGUGCGCUUCACCUGGGAGCAGGCCUUCCGUCAGUGGCUGCCGUCUCUGAGCCCAGACCACAUCAACGUCGUGGUGACUGGGAAGGACCGCCUGACAGCUGGCUUGGUCAACAUUGUCAGUUUUGAUCUUCUGAGCAAGUUAGAAAAGCAGCUAACACCCCCUUUCAGAGUAGUCAUUGUUGAUGAAUCUCACUUCCUCAAAAACAUUAAGACUGCCCGCUGUCGUACAGCUGUGCCCCUCCUCAAGGUUGCCAAGAGGGUGAUCUUACUGUCGGGCACCCCAGCCAUGUCCCGGCCGGCAGAGCUCUACACGCAGAUCCUCGCCGUCAGGCCGACUUUCUUCCCUCAGUUCCACACCUUUGGACUUCGCUACUGUGGCGCCAAGCGGCUGCCCUGGGGAUGGGAUUACUCAGGCUCCUCCAACCUGGGGGAGCUGAAGCUCCUGCUGGAGGAGACGGUCAUGCUGCGACGCCUCAAGGGCGACGUCCUCUGCCAGCUCCCAGCCAAACAGCGCAAGAUGGUGGUGGUCGCCCCAGGCCGGAUCAGUGCCAGGACCAGAGCUGCCCUGGAUGCGGCGGCCAAGGAGAUGACCACCAAGGACAGCACUAAACAGCAGCAGAAAGAAGCCCUCAUUCUCUUCUUCAACAGAACAGCUGAAGCUAAAAUCCCAUCUGUCAUUGAAUAUAUCCUGGACCUACUGGAAAGUGGAAGAGAGAAGUUUCUAGUGUUUGCACACCAUAAGGUGGUUUUGGAUGCAGUUACUAAUGAGCUUGAGAGGAAGCGUGUGAAGCACAUCCGCAUCGAUGGCUCCACCUCCUCGGCCAACCGCGAGGACCUGUGCCAGCAGUUCCAGCUGUCAGAGGGGCCCGCCGUGGCUGUGCUGUCCAUCACUGCCGCCAACAUGGGCCUCACCUUCUCCUCGGCUGACCUGGUGGUGUUCGCGGAGCUCUUUUGGAACCCAGGGGUGCUGAUGCAGGCUGAGGACCGGGUGCACCGCAUCGGACAGUCGAGAUCCGUGGGCAUCCACUACCUGGUGGCGAGAGGCACGGCUGAUGACUACCUUUGGCCCCUGAUUCAAGAGAAGAUUAAAGUUCUGGGUGAAGCCGGGCUUUCUGAGACCAGUUUUUCAGAAAUGACAGAAGCCGCAGAUUAUUUCUACAAGGACCCAAAGCAGCAGAAGAUCUAUGACCUUUUCCAGAAGUCCUUUGAGGAAGACGGAAGCGAUAUGGAGCUCCUGGAGGCAGCGGAGUCAUUUGACCCAGGAAGUGGUUCCCAGGACAUGGGAGACACACUGGAUGAAAGCGCAUUGACAGGCAGUCCGCUGAAGAAGAGCAGAUUUGAAUUUUUUGAUGACUGGGACAGCUUUACCUCUCCUCUGUAAGAGGGGCCAAAAAUGCAUUAAAAAUCAUGGAAUUUAUUAAAAUAAAAUAAGGCAUUUUUUUUUUUGAAAGCCUAUGUUCCCCUGGUCAUUACCACAGUGUUGGUCUCUGUCUCC